GUACUUCCAUUACCAUACCAUGUGUGCCAAAACUCAAAUCGAGCGGACAUGUGGGAUAAACAGUAGGUGAUGGCGCCCCAGUUCCCUUAUGAAUUUAGUGACAAAAAACAACAGAAAUGAUUCAGUUUUGCAAUCUUUAAGUACUGAUAAGGAAAAGUUCGGUAAAAAAUAUUUAAGAUCUAGAUCUCUAAAUAACAAUUGGAGCACUGUCGUCACAAUCGUCUUGAUCGAGGCCAAAAAUAUUUCCACAUUAAUCGAUGAUGGAACACCUCGUAGUCUUUAUUGUAAAUUAAGAUUGGGCUUAGAGUCAUAUAAAUCGAAAAGCUCUCCAAACAUAGAGCAUCCGGAAUGGCGGGAAACUUUAAAAAUGCAUCUCUACCACGACCAUUUACUACAUAUUUCGCUACAGGAUCGCGGCAAACAGAAGAAUUCUUUUGGCAGUUGUGUACUAGAUUUAUCAAAAUUCGAAAAGGAAACAACCCAUGAACUGUGGAUAGAGUUGGAUGAUGGGCCGGGCAAGGUUCACCUGUCUAUAACGAUGUGCACGGUUCGCUCUGUGGAAGGGCCUAGUGAAUGUAUGUGUAACUUCAACAGAUAUAAAGAUAAAUAUAAAUUAUCUAACAUAGACACAGAUUUGAAUGAAAUAGGGGUAUUACAUGUGAAACUGAUCGGAGCAAGGGGAUUGGGCUCCAAGCCUAGUGCUUAUUGCACACUUCAGCUGGAUAAUCAAAAGGUGCAGACGCAUAAAGCUGGUAAUAAUGUUGAAAUUGUAUGGAACAGAUGUUAUAUGUUCAAAGUGCACGACGUAACAUCGACACUCGACCUCAAAGUGUACGAGAGUUCCCUAGCGAAUGCGCUCCUCAACGAGCCGCUGGGGAAGGUCUCGGUCCCUUUGUUGCGCGUCUCGAGCGGCGAGAGGCGCUGGUACGCGCUCAAGGACCGCAAUAAGAGGAACAGCGCUAGAGGCCACUUCCCCCGGCUGCUGUUGCAAAUGUCACUGGUCUUUCACCCAGUAAAAGCGACGAUAAAACUGUUCCAACCCAAAGAGGAAAAACACAUAAAGAAGGGUAUAAAAUUUGAUAUAGCACUUCUUUAUAGCAACGUCGUGUUCGUGUCCAAUGUAUUCAACGCAUUGAGCGAUGUUAAUGAAUUUUAUAAGCGGGUGUUCGAGUGGGACGAUCAAGAAUUUUCGUUUUUCGUGCUAUUGGGUUGGAUUAUGUUCUGCUAUUACAUACAAAUUUGGCUUAUACCACUUUUACUGUUGCUGCCAUUCGCGUGGCACUGGCUUUGGAACCGACAUCAAGAAAAUGUGACUGCAGCCCGCGACAGCACAUCAGACGAAAAUGUCGAUGUUAAUAAUAAUGUUAAGGACGAAAGUGACAAAGGUCUCAUGAGUCGUCUGAAGAUCAACGAUCUGCAACAGGUGAGCGUCACGGUCACCAGGGGCAUUGAGAUGAUCGCAUCUUACUCGGAGAGGGCUUAUAAUUUAAUUAGUUUCAAAGUGCCAUUCAUGAGUUAUGUGGCUAUGAUUCUUCUUAUCAUCGCAUCUAUAGGACUGUAUGUGAUACCAUUCAACUAUAUAAUGAUGUCAUUUGGUAUAUUUAAAUUCACAAGGAAAUACAUAAACCCAAAUCGAGUGUUAAAUAACGAUAUAUUAGACUUCUUCUCGAGAAUACCUGACGACGCAAUAUUGAAAGAUUGGAAGGAGUUACACGUACCGAAGCCUGACGAAGAGGUGAAUACUAAGUAUCUGGCAAGAUCCGUCAGCACCUCAAUUUGAGGCAAGGCACAGGCGCACUAUGAUAUCCCAUACAUUUUAUAUAAAUACAGUUAUAUUACCUACAAUCACAUUUUAUUACAUCUACAGUGACCAUACACGUUGCGUCCUUAAAUAAUAUUGAGCAAUUGUUCACCACUAAAUAGAUAAAUUCGUUAUUUUAAUAUCACAGUAAUACUUAAACGUACUUGUACAGGAUUUGAACAUCGAUCGUACUACGAGCUUUACAAAUAGCGGAAAUUAAUAGUAUAAUAUAGCAGCGAUUCACAGUUAUUCUACGUUUCUUUUUAUAGGCAUGAAUUCAUCCGAGAAGACACAGUGUGUGUAAAGACAUACUGAAACUUCAUGAAACAUUGAUAAUUUGACAAAAAAAAUUAAAAGUAUUAUACGGAAAUAACAUCGACAGUCAUUUUCACAAACACAUUAAUAGCUAGUUAAAUAGACGAAAAUUGCCUGAUAGUGUCAUUACUUUAAUGCAAUCAUUAAAUAGUAAUAAAAGCAAUAAACAUUUACAUUUUGAUGAUAAUAUUACGUUACGAGAUGUUAUCAAACAUGCUAACGAUCUCGGUCUAGCAUUAUAUGACAUUUUGUAUGUACGUAAUAACGUAACAGAAGAUAUAACAGUGAUUUUAACAGUGAACAUAUUUAUCACAUCUAGCAGCGUGUAUGGUUCACACAAUCCGUCCAAUUCCUCUAUGGCACUACGAAAUGUAGGAAGGGAAUGAACUUCGUAUAAAUGCAGGCACAGAUAAUG